GCUGCCUGCCGGGACGCGUAGUCCCGCGGCCCCGCGCCGCUCCCGGCCCGCUGCAGGUCCCCCCUCUGCCUGGCACUGCCCGCUGACCCACCCAGAACCCCGACAAGCGAUGGAGGGAGAGCCCACCCUGCGCCUCCGGAUCUUCGACCUCAACUGCUGGGCCAUCCGCUACCUGAGCAAGCGGCGGCAGGAGCGGGUCCGGCUCAUCGGGGACACGCUGCGCCAGGAGGGCUUUGACCUGGUGCUGCUCCAGGAGGUGUGGAGCGAGCAGGACUACAGUGGCCUGAAGGUGAAACUAGCAGGCUGUUAUCCCUUCUCCCAUUACUUCCGCAGCGGGGUGAUCGGCAGCGGCCUCUGCGUCUUCUCCAGGUUCCCCAUUCUGGACACACUCCUCUACCAGUACUCACUGAAUGGGUACCCCUACAUGCUCCAGCACGGGGACUGGUUCUGCGGCAAGUCCGUCGGUCUCGUCAUUAUGAAGAUCUCGGGGAUCAUCUUCAACGUCUACAUCACCCACCUGCACGCCGAGUACUGCCGGGACAAGGACGCCUACCUGCCCCACCGCCUGGUGCAGGCCUGGGAGCUGGCACAGUUCAUCCGACACACCUCGAAGGCAGCAGAUGUGGUGCUGCUGGGAGGGGACCUGAACAUGCACCCUGAAGAUGUGGGCAUCCGGCUGCUGCGUGGCUGGACAGGGCUGCGGGAUGCCUUUGCUGAGGCCACGCACUUUGAGGGCUGUAAGAACGGCUGCACCCUUGUCCCUGACAACUGCUUCACUGACAAGUCAGAGCUGCUGCCCUUCCCGCUGGGCAUCCGCAUUGACUACAUCCUCUACAAGGCCAUCUCCAGCUUCACGGUGAGGUGUGAAGAGCUGAAGACCACCACGGGGCGAGCCCCAGGCAUGGACAUCCCCUUCUCAGACCAUGAAGCCGUGAUGGUAACACUGCACAUCCAGAGGCAGGGACAGCCUGCAGGUGCCACCCUUGGCACAGCUGACCCUGCGCUGGCAGAUGUGGUGACAGAGGCACGGACGGAGGUGGGCGCGGGGCUGCAGGCGGCGCGGCGGCAGCGCUACUCCUCGGGCAGGAUGGCCGUGCUGGCCCUGCUGCUGCUGCUGCUCCAGGCCGCGGCUGCUCUGGGCACACUGGCUGGACUGGGCGCAGAGCAGCCCUUCCCCAAGCUCUCCUUCUGCCUGCUGGCCUUCCUCGCCCUCGGCGUCCUCGUCCUCGCCACCGGUCUCCACCUGUUUCACACCAUGGAGGUGAAGAUGCUGCACGGCACCGAGGACCAGAUGUGGAUGGUACUGCGGGCCCUGCAGGAGCGUCCCAGCGAAGGCUGAGCUGAGGCUCUGGGUGUCCCACAAAGUCCCCUUGGCCACACCAUGUCCUCUAUUUCAUCCAGCUUCAGUUCUUAGGCAAGCAGCACUGCAGCCAAUGCAGUAGUGCAGGUUUGACAGCUGCCUCUGGGUGAAAUUAAGGUUUUUGGGGUAGAUUUACUGCAUUGACCCCUGUGAGAACCACAAUGGAGGCAGAUUUUUAUUGCUGUCUUUUUAAAUACUCUUUUGUACAUGGAGGGACCCACUGGCCUGGCUGGAAGGCUUGAGACACUGAGGCUCCCCUCGCCUGGGGUGGCCUCAAAUUUUACACUGGUGGCUGUUCUGGCAACCAGUCCUGACUAAUGGAAAAUAAAGGCGAUAUUUUAACCUUUG